AUGCUGCCGACACCACUAGCCCCACUCGACCCGCGAAAAACACGCGCGCUCACCACCAUUUAUGCGCCGCGGAGACUCAACACUCGCAAACAUAGGACAGCACAGACGAGAAUGCUAGACAACGAUAUACCCAUUAAACCAACUCUUUCCCCGUUCCAUCCACUCCCAGCGAUCGGACAGAAGAUAGACAAACCCAAAACAAAAGUCAUCGUUUUCGACCUCAACAAAGACGGCACGUUGGAAAAGGGAUCUCCGAUCAAAUUACACGAUGUUCUAAAACCUUUGACACCGAUUAGGAUUCACGGCUUCGCCAGGAAGAGUUCACUGGAUCUGGACAGGAAACCUCAGCAACUGCUCAGAGAAAACACAUACGAUGUUAUAGAACCAAUUUAUGUGAAUGCUGCUAAAGUGGGGAAAAGGGACACAUCCAUAACGAGAAGAAGAGUAACACCGACUGUAGAUCCUGAGCAUGAAAAACUCGAGAAUGAGCCGAAAUUGUCUCCCAAAACGAGGUUUAAGAAAGCAGCUAUACAGGUAGCGAAACUUUCUGCAAUGCCCGAAACUGGAAAGUUAUUAUGUUUAAGGGAAAGAGAAACUUUUAAUAUUUAUAGGAGAGAUGACAAAUCUUCAUGUAAAUUAGAAGAGUUGCCAAAGAGUCCCACUCAUAAACUAAAUAAAUUAACAGAAAUCUUUCAGGGUCUGGAAAUGAGCACGAGUAGUAGGCAUAAAGACAAGAUGAAGAAAGAGAACAGUUGGUUUUAA